AUGUUCUUAGGAGAGCUCGUGACAGUCCAGUCGCAGAAGGUCACCGACUGUCCAGUAAUUCAGGACACGCGACCAGCUGCGUUCAUGUGGUUUGCGUGGGCGCUUGUUUGUGUGCCGGUUGUGCACGCGCUUACACCAACACCGGCAGUAGUUAGUCCCCGCAGGUCCCCGCUGUCGGACGUGAUUGGAAUUAUCCUGCACACGCACUUCCAGCAGCCGUACACGACCACACUCGUGAUAGUACGCAGCCAGACCGAGGAUGGGCGCCGCAGCUUGCAGGAUCUGGUGUCGUUGCUGCUGUUGGAUUACGUAAGGGGCCAGCUGAUGAUCCAGUUCGAGGGAGCUCCGGUCACUAACCAAUCCUGGCAACGGCCAUGGUCGCACAUCCUGCUGCUAGCGGAGGAUUACGAAGCCCUGCGCUUGGUCUAUGGGCAGCUAACUCUGAACCGGUACGACUUCGCGGGGUACUACUUGAUCGUGCUCAUCGGUACCGACACCACACUUGCUACCAUCGAUCGCAUAUUCAACGACCUGUGGCAACGGCAGAUAGUGAACGUGAUCGUGGCAUUCCGGGUGCCACCAGCACCCAACUUCGUGCAGCUCUGGACGUACUUCCCGUACUCGCCCGGUUUGUGCCGUGUACCAAAGCCACACCUGGUGCUUACCUGGCCAAACGACACGCUGCUGUACGGCGUUAACUUCUUCCCACGCAAGAACGCCAACUUCCAUGGCUGUCCUCUCAAGGUGGGCACGUUUGAGACACGUCCGUUUACGAUACUGACCGGCACGCCCGGACCAGGGCUAGGUCUCUCCGGCUUCGAGGGUGACCUGCUUGCUAGCGUCGCUACGAAGCUGCGGUUCUCCGUCAACCUCCGUAUACCGCCGCACUCGCAACAGUGGGGCGUGGCGGCCUUCGAGAACAGUACCGGCAUGAUGCGAAUGAUCUACAGCGAGGAGGUGGAUUUUGGUAUUGGAUGCCUCGGCGUGUCGUCUGAGCGCAAUGCCAUGCUGAAACCGGGCAAGGUACACUUUACCACCGAGCUGGUGAUCGUGGUACCUCCGGGGCGGCCAUACACCCCCAUCGAGAAGCUAAUCCAACCCUACAGCCCACUCCUGUGGGGUGCCAUUGUCUCCUACUUUGGACUUGGUAUGCUGACGAUCAUCACUUCCCAGCGCAUGCCGGUGCUACGACGCUACCUGAUCGGGCGUGGGGUCCAAGCGCCAAGCCUUAACAUGCUGCGCCUGCUGUUCGGCAAUCCGUUACCACACACCCCGACCGGAACCUUCCCCCGUACGCUGCUUCUGCUCUGGGUGCAGCUCUGCUUCGUGCUGCAGAUCGUCUACCAAGGCUCCCUGUUCACGUUUCUGCAGCGUGCCAGCCGCCAUCCGCCGAUGGCUACGCUGGCCGACAUCGAGCGAAGCGGUGCACACUACCACAUCACCGAGUCCGCCCGGCGCUUCUUCGAGCCCUUCCCCCAGCAGCUUGGCCGCCUUCGGUACUUCCCUCCCGGUCCGGACAGUAUCGCUACCCGGCUACGCUGGGUCGGCGCUCACCCCGACGACCCGGACGUCACCAUGUGCACCCAGGACCAUGUGGCGUACUACAACCGGGCGAAUCGUCGCCGGCUGUGGAUAGCACGCGAACCGUUAGCCCUGUAUACCGUCACCGUCCUGUACCCGAAAAAAUCGAUGCUAACGACCAGCUUCGACGAGCACAUCGAGCGCAUCGAGUCGUCCGGGCUGCUCAAGUUCUGGGUCGCGCGCUACGGCGACUACCACUUUUUCGAGCGCAGAUCACGCUCUGCCCGGGCCAACACCCCGGCGCCCAUCAGCAUAGGGCAGCUUCGUGGUGCGUUUCAGCUACUUCUCUGCCUGUUGGCCACCAGCGGGGUCGUGCUACUCGGCGAACUCUUUUGGAUCCGAAAGACGGCGCACCAUAUUUCGCAAACCAACACACUGACUUAUCCGUAA